AAAAAGGGUCCUUCACUUUUCCCAUAAAUCAUAUCCACACUCUCUUUCUCUCUCGGUGAAAAAUAGGGCUUUACAAGAAAGUAUGGAAGAAAUAGAUUCUCUUAAUAACUCUGAGCCAACCAAUUGAAUUGAAGACCAUCAUCAUCUCUCUUUCCUUCGUUGCUACUGUCAUCAUUUAUUAGUUUAACUUAGAACAAAUACUGAGUAGAAGACCGAGUGAUAUUAUCAAUUCCGUGUUUUCUUUCAAAGUUAAGAGAAAUGACAACGCCCUCGUUGAGCCCUCUUCCCAAUUUUGAUUCUUUCAGACUUUCUCACUUUUCUACAUAUAUUCCUACUACUGCUGGUGGUGCUAGUUUUAGCAAUUUCCAUUGCGUUUCUUUUUCUUCGCGAAGCCGUAGAAGAUAUGCCUUUUCAUGCUACUCUCCUUUCAGGAAAAACAAGUGGCUUUGUGUAUAUGAGAGAACACAUCAAAGGAUGGAAAAUUUGGGAGAUGGAGACAAGAAUGAGGUCCAAAUGUUUGGUUCAGAUGAAGAUGUCUCAACAUCCAUUCCAACUCAAGCCCAAUCUCUUGUUGAAGGGUCUGGUGCUGUUUUGGUGUCUGAGUACAGACCUGUCCCUGAUGUGGACUAUCUACAGGAGUUACUUGCAAUUCAACAACAAGGUCCCAGGGCAAUUGGCUUUUUUGGAACGCGGAACAUGGGGUUCAUGCACCAAGAACUCAUUGAGAUUCUCAGCUAUGCGCUGGUUAUAACUAAAAACCAUAUCUUCACAUCUGGAGCAUCAGGCACUAAUGCUGCUGUGAUCAGAGGAGCUCUUCGUGCUGAAAAACCAGAGCUACUGACUGUGAUACUGCCACAGAGUUUGAAAAAGCAACCUCCAGAGAGUCAAGAAUUACUUUCUAAAGUAAAAAAUGUAAUAGAGAAGCCUCACAAUGACCAUCUUCCAUUAAUAGAAGCCAGCAGGCUGUGUAACAUGGACAUCAUCUCACAAGUACAGCAGGUUAUUUGUUUUGCCUUUCAUGACAGUAGAUUGAUCAUGGAAACUUGUCAAGAAGCAAAGAAUAUGCGAAAGAUUGUUACUCUGUUUUACCUGGAUUAACUGAGUCCUAGGCCCUCUAUUAAUUUGUUUAUAUGAUUAUUGCUCAAGAAAAGUUGUAGAUUACAACCUGCAUAUUUAAUGCUAUUUUUUCCUAUCCAAAUGGAAAAGUUGAAGUGUUUGACCUUCC